AUGGAGAUUUACGGUUCGUUCGUGUUUGACAAAAACGAACUGGAAUGCAACGGGAUCUUAACUCAUCAGAUGAUUAAAUUCACGAGAUCCAUUGACCCCACGUUAAUAACGUAUGUAAAGAUAGAGAAGGUGACCAUGCGCAAGCUCGUCAGGACCAUAAAAAGACGGUUGCGCGACAACUUCAGAAUAUACAGGCUUAUAAAAUUCGAUAUGGGCGCGAGUGUGGUGCUGUACGCCGUUCCCACGGUGAAGUUCGACGGCACAGAUCAGAGCCAGUUAAGGUUGGUGUCCAGCCAAGAGGGGUUGAAGAUGGUUUUGCUAGAGGCGUUGGCGGACUUGGAGUGCGCGUACACCCAAAUCUCGUCGGACUUUGUCAUGGCCGACGAAGACCCGCUGAACAACUGGUCGUUGACCGCGACCACGUACGCCGAUAUCCAAGAGCUGAUAAUGGUUCCGGGACUGCGGCGCAUCAACUAUUGUUUUGCGACUCCGAACACGGCGGCAGUGUACAUCAAAAACGUCCGGCUGUCCAAAUUACUGUACGUGAUCAUGCACACGAAUACAGUGGGACCGAACCUGGUGCGCGACAACACGGGGCCCUUUAUCUUGAACAACAAACGGCAGUUCGAGACAUUCAGAAUGCCCAGGACGAAUAAGACGUCUCGGAAAAUCUUGCGGGACGUUCAGUUGACGAUAACCGGCCCGAAAAUAACUCUGAGCGAGCUGUGGAACUUAGCCAUGGAUUACUUGGAUGGAUUCUUAUAGCGUUUAUCGGUGUACCAAACCGAGCAUACUCGGUUUGUGUGUGUAUGUAUGUGUGUGUUGGUGUUUGUGUGUAUGUGUAUGCGUGUUUUCGUAUACCCUCAUUUACCGCGUACCAAGCCCACGUCAUCGAAUUAUAAACCGCAAAUAAAAUACCAAUAUACCUACCAAUGAUUGAAAUUAAUUUUUAUUAACCUAUUAUAAUCGAUAAGCGCCAAUAGUAGAUUUACCAACAAAAAACAAGCAUGUAGAGUUCG